UUGACAAGUCGAUUGACCGGAAGAACAGGUCGAAAGACCUUGGUUCUCCUCACGACUCCUCAACUGCACCAGCUGAGACCUGACCGGCGGUUGCUUCUCAAAGACUGAGAAGCAUAUUGGAGUUCUAAAUCGGAAUUGAAACCAGCUUUUCAUGGUUCUGUUGGCCAUGGCAGCGUGAACGCAGAAUCGGCCUUGGGGAGUGCUUUCCAGCCACGCUGGGAAGCCAGAGGUCGCCAUGUCCCCCAGCAGAGGCCUUGCAUUUUGGUGCCUGGCAGAGCUAGUAUGGGCUCAGGUGAUGCAGGUGCCCUGGUUCUUCGAUUGCUCCAACAAUCCGGAGUGGAGCGCCUUCCGCGAGCUCUUCCAAGGCUUCCGCCGCCGCUUCAGUGCGCCGGACCGCGACGAUGCGGCCAUGGUCACCGAGGUCCAACAGGUCCUCACUGAAGCCAACCAGCUGGGCCGGCGCUACGAGCCCAACUUUGUUCAAUAUGCCAGCGACUGGUCGGUGUUUCACAUCUGCAACCCGGAUCGUUUGUCCGAAGUUCCAGAGGACUUGCAGAAGAAUUUCUGUUUCUACGGAUUUGCAACCGUCCAAUGGCUGGGGCUCUUUGGGCAUCAGCACUUCAGCAACGUGCCGGGCAUGUCCGAAUGGGCUCACAAUGCCCGUGGCUUUCUGAAUGAUGCUGCAAAGUUCAAUGCCAUGCACUUUCUCGAGAGCUCCGGUUGGUCGGUGACCAUGGUCGAGUUGGCCAAGUCGCUCAGCAAUGCCUUCAUGGCGAACUCCGAUUACAGGGUUUCCCGAGAUGCAGCGUUGCCGGCGCUGAGCGAGUUCUCCGGGGUUCCGCGUCGGCCGCCCGAGCACACCAGGCGCCCACAAGUCCGAGUACUGAAGGCAGUAGCCAUCUCGUAUCAUACUGCGUUGAUUCGUGAGCCGCUGACAUUUUGGCAGCACAUGCUGACGCAUCUCUUCGAUGUGCAAAGCACCCUGCACAUCUUGGACGUCACGGCUAAGACAGCCCAGGACGUGACUCGCUUGCACAGCCACUGCCGAUUUAUUGGUGGCUCGUGGUGCGGCACCGACGAACGGCUGCUGCAGCUGAAUGCGCUGUUCACUGAUACUUUGCUGAAUUGCCACACUGGUGAUCACAAGGCACGACAUCAUUUCUUGCGAUCCGCGCAGGAGUACUAUGAGCUCUUUUUGCAACUCAUGGGGAAUGACGCUGAGUUGCGCUCUGCAGAUUUCUUCAUGUGUGGCGAACCGGUGCUCUUUUGUCGCCUCUUGAGCUACUUCGGGCAGCCCGUGAUUGGUUACAUUUCCACGCCCAUCUCGGUCUAUGUCGGAAAGCAUGAUCGAGCCGAGUGGUACCAGCAGUUCUAUGAGAUGACUCUAGAUGAUCGCCACAUCUUCGCCACCACCACGCCCAUCUUUGCGGAGUGGGUGGCGUACGCCACUGGAAUCGACCUGCCGGUCAUCCGGCCCAUUUGCAGCUACACUGAGGUGAGCUACUGGCCACGCCGCCAACGCGAGUUGCUGCUCUUGCGCAGCGUGAGCCUGUUUUGGGAUACGGAGUGUGUCCUGAACUACUUUGCCAAGCAGUUCGCAGGUGACGGGGAACCGCUCCGCUUCUUGGAGUCCACCGGGCUUUCGGAUGAGGAGAGACGAGGCUAUGGGAGUUUCGCUGAAUUCAAGGCAGCAGUGAUUUAUCCCUAUUCUCCGAGCCAGUUCUGGUUCUACGAGCUAUAUUCCAUGGCCGUGCCCCUCCUGAUGCCAACCAGAGAAUCCAUGCCACUCUACGUGAGCCAGGAUUACUCAGUGUGUCCAGACUUCGAGGGACAUCGCUUGGGCCAUGCGCCGCAUUUGGUGCAUCCCCACUCACCCUUUGAUACCGAUGACUGGGCGGCAAUGACGUACUGGGCAUCCUUCACAGAUUACCUCACUUUGCCACAUGUCCUCCACUUCUCUUCAGUGCCCGACCUCUUGAGGUUGGUGGAAACCUCAAACCUGCAUGCAAUCAGCCGUGCCAUGCGGAAGGUUCAUAUGCAGCAUUUGGGCAUUGCGCAAACAUUCUGGAGUGAGGCCUUGGAGCGGGUGGCCAGCAUCAGGAAGAAGCCCCGAAGGGCCCAGCCUCUAGAGGAGGGCUUUGCUGCUCCGCACAACCUGAUGAAGGACGAGUUGCGGGACCUCUCCACUCGGCAGCCCAGCGGUGGCUCGCCAGCCCGGCCGGAUGGCCCCCAUCGUUUGGCGAAUGAUGGCGACACACGACAGGACCAUCCUCACCAAUACCACUUCGACAUGGUGGCGGCGGCCCAGGCCUCUGGCUUGCCGCAAUAUGUGGGCGCUUCUCAUUGGUGGGUGAAGCUCCGGCGAACUGCCAGGGAUCCGGAGGUGAAGCUGUGGACUCGAGAUUGCUGCAGCGAAAUCUAUGGUCGCCAGUUGUUUGUUCUCCUGGGCAACAGCUCCGAUGUACGUCAUGCGGCCGAGUGCGCAGCAUUGGAGGUGCUUGAUGACCAGCAGGUUUCGACCAUUUGCCUCGGGACUGGAGAGUAUCUCUUUGUGGAGGCAAGGCCCGGCCGGGCUGAAGCUGAAGAGGUCGCAAUUCUGAUGCUUCCAGAGGUCCGUGUGCUCAGCCGCGAUUAAACGUGGCCCAAAACCUACCGACCCGAGCGGAGUGCCGCGUGGAUGGGGUGUAGUCAGGGAAGCGGAGGAAGGCUGUAGCAAUUUGCCCCUCCUUUCCCAGCAACUGGAAUCCAGUCCAAUCCCGAUAGCAGCAAUCUCGAAGAAUCUCAUGACA